AUGUGGUCUCUCUACUUCCUUACAGCUUUUCUCGCAAUCUCUCCCACCAUCGCAAAGAAAUCCUCCAAGCCCUGCCCGACCGUCACAACCACUGCAACCCUCUGCACAACCUGUGUCGUCCCCGCCUGUCUCACCAUCGAAACAAUCUCUUCCCAACGCAACUGUCCCUCCAAGGUCCCAAUCUCUGGCGCAUCGUUCCCCUGUUCAAAGUCGAAAUGUCCCAGAGGCUGCGCAACUUCUUACACCUACGCUUCAGCCUAUGGAGCUGCUACCAAGAAGCCUGAAUGUCCUACGGUUACUGAGACAGCGACUAUUUGUUCGGAUUGUAUUAGACUGAUGUGUUUGACCUUGUCGACGGUGAGUUCAGUUUGUGGUUGUCCUGAGUCGCCUACUACGGUUACGACCAGUUAUCCUUGCGGUGAGGAUUGUCCAGUUGGUUGUGGGACUGAGUAUGUGGCCCCUACUGUUACGCCGAAUUUAAGCAUUCAUAAUUAUGGUGUUGAUGUCUGA